AUGUCCCGGAGGAAACAGGCAAAGCCACAGCACAUCCACGUGGACGCGCAUCUCAUCGAUCAUCCAGUGGAGAACAUCCCCACCCCAAUAUAUGAUGCCCAUAUCUGUGAACAAUGUUGCGCUGAAUUUUCCAAUAUAACAGACCUCCACCAACACCAGAAAGACUGUUCAAUAGAUCAGUUAGUUCUAGAAAAAUUUGAUAAUGGAAGCCCAGACUCUUCACCUUCCAUGCACACUUUAUGUUCUUCAAUUUUUAAUUUUGAGGAGCAAGUGAAUGGUGCUAACAAUACAGUGGAACUUUGUGACUUUUCUAAUGAUGGAACGUCAGAAGGAACUGAUGCAGCUCCACACAUAUAUGAAAACAGCAAUUAUGACAUUGCCAAAAAUUUGCAUUUACAUCAUGAUAAUGGCAACGAUGAUGCUGAUGACUUUAGCUCACCAUACUCAACUCUCCUACCUCAAGAGGUUUACUUACUUGAGUUGUGUAAAUUAUCAGUGACCAAUAGCAAUGUCUUCAUUGAGAACCUAGAAAACACCAAGGUUGCUGUCGCUCAGUUAUCACAGGAAGCUAGUUUGAGUCUAAAGACAAGCUGCAAGAACAUUAACGACAACAAAAUGGCUGCUUGUAGUCUGAUUGAGCAGCUGUUAGCUCUGCAGCAACAGCAGAUGCAGCAGCUAAAACUAAUUGAAGAAAUUAGACAUCAGAUAAUGCUAUUAACCGCUCAAAAUUCUGAUACACCUUUUGCCACAAACACCUGUGGAAGUCUAUCAGGAAUGUCUCAAACCAGUUCCCUGAUAAAACUCAGCUCAAACCUCUCUGAACAGCUUGCAGCAGCCGCUGGGCUAGCUGAAAACCUAGGAAGCCAAUCUGCUAAUAUUGGCUAUGCUAAAGAGUCUAAACGUGUUAUUUCACAGACCAACCAAGAUGGCUCAAGGAGUGAUACAGGAAGUUCACAAAUGACUGAUAAAAAUGGAGAUAACCCAUUGUCAUCAAAAGAUGGUAGUGAUCUAUGUAGUAACCAAUCUUUGCAUGGUAACACAGCCAGUGAGAAGGUUUCUGGAACAACUAAUUUAAAAGCAACUUCAACAUCUCCUGCUUCGUUUACAGAUGGGAUUUUAAACAAACUUGAAUUGCCUCAUAAACAGAAUGGCAUUAAUGUAUGUGCAAACUCCUUGCCUAGUAUUGGGGCAAUUGUUGAGGACUUGAAUGCUUUGACUACAUUAGCCCAGCAGAGGAAAGGCAAAUCACUCAAUGUGACUUUAUUUGAACACAAGAAGCCAUCUGAAGAUUGUAUAUUCAAGCACAAAUGCAAGUUCUGUGCAAAAGUAUUUGGAAGUGAUAGUGCUUUGCAGAUACACUUGCGGUCUCACACUGGAGAGAGACCUUAUAAAUGCAACAUAUGUGGAAAUCGAUUUUCCACACGUGGAAAUCUCAAAGUCCACUUCCAGCGUCACAAGGAGAAGUAUCCUAACAUUCAAAUGAAUCCUUAUCCAGUUCCAGAGCACUUAGACAAUGUCCCAACCAGCACAGGUAUUCCAUAUGGUAUGUCUCUGCCCCUUGAGAAGCAUGGCCCUAACUGGCUGGAUAACAAACCUUUAGUGGGUAAAUCUCUUGACUUUAUGCUUCCAACAUCUUUGCCAAGUCUUGCCCCCAUCAUUAAAAAAGAGAAGGAUGGGGUAUCAAUAACCAAAUGUCAUGGUCCUGUUGUCAGUGAGGUAUGUGGGAGAAAUAAUGGGCAUAAAGAGGGAUUUCGAAGUAGCCCUCUUCUAAUUUCAUCUGAGAAACUUCGAGAGGUUACACAAGCCUUGAGUGUUGCUACCUUUGUCAGCUCCUCAAAGGAAUGUUCAAGAGAACAUGUUAUUUCUAACACCUCGGUCAAUUCAAGCUUAAGUCAGCUAAAAUUGGAGCAGCUUGAAAAUAAAUUUCUUUUGGGGGGUCCUCCAAAUCCUACAGGAGCCUCAGAGACUUCAAAGCUGGAGCAGUUGGUGGAGAACAUAGAUAAGAAGCCCUUUGAUCCCAAUGAGUGUAUCAUCUGCCACCGGGUUCUUAGCUGCCAAAGUGCACUUAAAAUGCACUACCGUACCCAUACCGGAGAAAGGCCAUUCAAAUGUAGAGUGUGUGGACGGGCUUUCACAACCAAAGGCAAUCUCAAGACACACUUCAGUAUUCAUCGUUCCAUGCCACCCCUUAAAAUACAGCAUUCAUGCCCAAUAUGCCAAGAAAAGUUCACAAAUGCAGUGGUUCUACAGCAGCAUAUCCACAUGCACAUGGGUGGUCACAUUCCUAAUGUCCCACUGCAUGAUACCAGCUACACAGAGCCCAUGGACCAGGACACUGAACAGGUAGAAGGGAGUAACAUGGAUCUGGGUAACUUCUCCAAUAAAAACAUGGAGUUUAUGGAAGGUGUAUCGGAUCCUAAGUGCUCGUACUCAUUACCAGACAGUUUAUCAUCUUCUUCUGAAUUUGCCAGAGCAACUAAAUCAGAAAGUCAGAUAACCAUUUCACAUGUGGAUUACCUGUCAGACAGUGGGUUAAAAAAUAUGGAAAAUGGAUCAAUGGAUGGAGACUACUUAACCUGUAGAUCAUCUUCACUAAACGGGAACCUUGACAGUCAAAGGAGAAGAAUUUUAGUCUACACUGAGACUGCAUCCUCUUGGGAACCCUCCUCUUCCAAUGGCUCUAUAUCUGCUGAACCAAAUUGCUCAAGUCUUUCACCGCCUAAUAUCACAGGGUCCAAGCUACUAGAUGGAACAUCUGAAGAUGUCCCAAAAGUUAGCAUGACCAUGAUUUUACCCUUCCAUGAGCGAGGAUCCCUGAAAACCAAUGUUUGUGAUAUCUGCAACAAGACAUUUGCUUGUCAAAGUGCUUUGGAUAUUCACUAUCGAAGUCACACCAAAGAACGGCCAUUCAUUUGCACUGCAUGCAACCGAGGGUUCUCGACUAAAGGUAACCUUAAACAGCACAUGCUCACCCACCAGAUGCGAGACUUACCUUCACAGUUGUUUGAACCAGCAAAUCAGGUCCUGAUUUUUCCCCCAAACCAGUUUCUAGCCACCACGGAACCAUUUAUUACCUCAAAACGAAUCAGACACAAUGGGAUCAUUAAAAAAGAUCUUAAAGACUCUGCAGCAAGUAUGGGUAGUUCUUCAGCUUCCACAUUACUCACUUUCUCUACACCAACAUUAUCAGUAGCACCACUUCGACGAACAGCUAAACAGCACUUCUGCCAUACCUGUGGGAAGACCUUCUCUUCUUCAAGUGCACUUCAAAUUCAUGAGAGAACCCACACUGGUGAGAAACCCUUCGCCUGCAACAUAUGUGGACGUGCAUUUACCACGAAAGGGAAUUUGAAGGUUCAUAUGGGAACCCACAUGUGGAGCAGUUCUCCGGCCAGGCGAGGUCGCAGGCUUUCUGUUGAUGGUUCUUUAGUUGAAUCCAACCAUGAGAGAUCUCACUGCCCUAAAGACACUACCCUGAAAGAUGUUGUGGGCAGAGUAAGUAAUGGGGACUCCAUAGGCAUCUGGAGUCAGUAUGCCUCUCUCACUAGUGGUUUGGCUAUGAGAACAAAUGACAUACCAUUAAUUAAAAAUGGUGGCAUACCUCACCUGUCGAUUUCUGCUGGUUGGCUUGAGAAGUUCAGCAAAACUUUUCAUUUCCGGCCAUUGGUUGAGGACAAAAAAACAGCAUUGACAGAUUGA